CGCAUCGCACUGUUGCCGCAGAGAGCAGUGUUUUUUUGUCAUCAGUAGUAUAAUUGCCGAGCAAAGGAAGGCGAUAGCUGUUUUUUAUUUUUUUUAAAUCAUUUUAUUUUUUUUAAACAUCCUUUGGGUGUUAAUUUGUUACAUUCUACGUUUGAAAAAUGGUUAAUCCAGCUGUUGGACGAUUGUUGGCCGGACGAGUGUCUAACCUCGUCAAGUGUGCCGCCCAGACUCCGAAAUUCUAUUCCACACCAGCUCCGGCUUACGAGUUCAUCAAGGUGGAAAAAGUCGGUCAGAAGGGCAACGUCGGCCUGAUCACGCUUAACCGGCCGAAGGCUUUGAACGCCUUAAACGCCAAGUUGAUGGUUGAGAUGAACAACGCGAUCGAGGAGCUCGACGCCGAUGAUAAAAUCGGGGCCGUGGUGCUGACGGGCAACGAGAAGGCUUUCGCCGCCGGCGCCGAUAUCAAGGAGAUGAUGGACAACACCUACUCGCACAACGUCAAGACAAAAUUUUUGGAGCCCUGGAACGGCAUUGCCAAAGCCAAGAAGCCCAUCAUCGCAGCCGUCAAUGGUUACGCUCUGGGUGGCGGUUGCGAGGUCGCGAUGAUGUGCGACAUCGUCUACGCGGGCGAAAAGGCCAAGUUUGGGCAACCAGAAAUCGCGAUCGGCACGAUACCCGGAGCCGGUGGUACUCAGAGACUGACGCGCGCCGUCGGUAAGAGUUUGGCCAUGGAGAUCGUUCUUACCGGCAAUCAGAUAACCGCCCAAGAGGCCAAAGAAAGCGGACUCGUCAGCAAAGUUUUUCCCGUUGAACAGCUAGUUCCCGAGGCCGUCAAGCUCGGCGAGAAAAUUGCCUCGCACUCCCAGGUCGCUGUCGCCCUGGCCAAGGAUUCUGUGAACAAGGCUUACGAAACUACUCUUCAGCAAGGCAUGGACUACGAGAAGCGAUUGUUUUGGUCGACUUUUGCAACUGCGGAUCAGAAGGAAGGCAUGAAAGCCUUCACCGAGAAACGCUCUCCGAACUUCAAAAAUGAAUAGGAGCUCUGUUAUCUUUUGUAAUGUGAUGCCUUUUUUUUUUCAUCAAAUGAAAUAUUGCAAAGAUAAAAAUGU